UUAUUGUUGCCUUCCCAUUGUUCUUUGUCUUUACUCUUCCCCGAACAUUAUUCUCGACGGCAUACAUGCAUCCCGUAACAGCUGUAUUGUUCUUCUUUGGCUAUAUAUAAGAUGGCUCGGUAUUCCACCUUAAUUCAUCAAGCCUAGUGCUUUUAUCGAACUCAACGUUAACUCUUCUCACUACUUCGUUUCUGGAACGACUUUUCACUCAUCCUUCACGACUGACUGUAUUCAUCUUUGGACCGCUUCAAUUACUUUUGUAACAUCGUAACAACACUACCACCAAGCCAACCUAAUUACCACCACUUUUCGUUUACGAAUAAUGACUCUCCAAACUUCCGAAACUCUUCUCGAGCUCGUUAACUUCCUCACACGUCCCUUGACGAAGGCUUACCCCGUCUUGACCAUAAUGUGCCACCGACAAGUCCUUCAGAAACAAUUGCAGUCUGCAUUCUUCAGCAAUCGAACUACAUGUGCCCCGUUCACCUUGUUCUUUUCGCCAAUUCUACUCCCGCCCGCACCCGUCUAUGCGGCUUGCCUCAUGUCUGGGGUUAGAUGGGUAGAGUGGGUUCGUCUCCUCGCCCCUCACGGCAUGUGUGUCUUUGUCAUGGAGGGUGCGAUUAAAGUCAAAGCAGCGAAAGCGCCGGAGUUGACAACCGUCUGGUCCAAGGAUGAUUCAUCUAUCAAGACCGCCUCCACCCCGACAUCGCAAGAAUCAGGUUCUUCCAGUCCGUCGUCGUCCCUAUCGCGGCUCCAAACUGCUCUCAAAUCCGUCCAGUUGCGAAACACAUCCACCACUCAAUCUCCCAGUAAGCCCCAGACACAGGCAAGUGGGGUCGUCACCAGAAGAGGCGCGUCGCGUCGCACUCCUUUCCAACCUAAACCCACGCGACUUUCACAAGUCAUCAUGGUUUCCGAUGAUGAAGCCGCGGACUCUGACUCCGAUUCGGACGCUGGUUCAACAACCUCGUCUUCGAGCUCACUUUUCUCUACCGCACUGUCCUCUGGUUCGGUAACAUCUACUGCAUCCUCGGACUGUGGUACUUCCUCCACUUCUCAUGACCUACCUGAAUUGAAUUUGGAUUUGCUCCGUGCGGCAAUCAAGUCUCGCUCGACAAUUUCUACGAAGGAGAAGGCCUCCAAUAUUUCUCAACGUCCCACUCGCAGUCAGUUCCAUGACAUCCAGCGCUGUGAACGUCGCCUCAUCGAUCCCACCAAGACCGAUGUCACUCGGUACAAUUACAAAGGCGGUCAGACGGCGGUCAUGACUGGUGGCGUUAUGUUAGGUGCUGUUUGCUCCAAACAGAGGUGCUAGUCCACCUGUGAGCGUUGCUGGCAAUUGAUGACAGGGUCAGAGGAGUUUGAAGGACGCUUGCGCAUAACCUGAACUUUUUUAACCAUCGGGACUGGACAUUACAUUAUAUUAUUUUUACAUCAUCUAAUCCAAUGUAUCAUGAUCAGUACUAUCUCACAAUACCUACACUGCUUAACGUUGUCUUCUACACUUUGUUUCUUCCGCCAAGUCAGCUUUAAGCGC